UUUUCCAUUACAAAAGUCCAUUCGUCGUGCAUGGCAGAAGUGAAGCGUGGAUUGAUUUUCCUCUGUUAGGAUAAACUGAUAACAAAUUUUGCAAGUAGCUGUCAUUUUCGCAAUACCUGGAGCUGCCAUGUCGGCAUUCACCGAGACCGCGCUGCUCAAGAAGCUGGGCGAGCUGAACAGCAGCCAGCAGAGCAUACAGACCUUGUCGUUGUGGUUAAUCCACCAUCGGAAACAUCACACAGCUAUAGUGCAGACCUGGCUGCGUGAGAUGCAGAACGUCCCCGAGCAAAAGAAGCUGACGUUCAUGUACCUGGCCAACGAUGUCAUACAAAAUAGCAAGAAGAAGGGCCCCGAAUAUGGCAAGGAAUACAGCAAUGUGCUGCCAAAGGUAUUCUCGCACAUUGGCGACACGUGCAAAUCGGAUAAGCUGCUCGGCAGUCUGGGUCGCAUCCUUAACAUAUGGCAGGAACGCGGGGUGUAUGACCCGAAAACCAUUGCCGAUUAUCGGGCACGCUUGCAUCGCGAAGGUUCAGCAGCCGGCAAUAGUAGCAGCAAUGGUAGCAAAAAUGCUGGCGGAGAUGCGACUGUGGAGCAUGGCAACAACAGCAGUAGUAGCAGCAGAGUGGAAAAGUCUGAGAAGCGCGAGAAGCGCAAACAUGAGGAUCGUCACUCUAAAUCGAAACGUUCGCGCACCAGUCAUCAGCCUGUUGUGGUCGAGGAGAAACCGGCAGACACAGAAAAUGGCCAUCAGUCACCCUAUUUACCGUUGGGUGAGCCACCGGAGCCCGAGGAGCUCAUCAAGGCACUGGCUAGCAUUGAGAAUUCGGCUUCAAGUGAUGCGGUGGUGCGUGAACGAAUCGCCAAAUUGCCGCAGGAAAUAUCGGAAAUCAGUUGCAUAAGCAAGUUAGAGGAUAAGGACAAGGCCAAGUCACUGGCCAAGCAAGUUAAUGAGGCAGUUGAUUUGCUAAACGAUUACAACUCACGUCUGGCCGCUGAGCUGGAGGAGCGCACCAAAUUGGCGUCAAUGUUGCGUGAUUUUCAGGCCGAGCAAAAGGAGCUGCUCGCGCAGGCGGAACAGCGCUUAGAAGAGCACAAGAAGAAACUGGCAAAGAUGUUGGGCCUUCAAAAGGAAAUACACGAUCAUUUAUCCAACUUGCCAGAUUUAACUCAAUUGCCGGACGUAACCGGCGGAUUGGCACCCCUACCCUCUGCCGGCGAUCUCUUCAACACCAUACACUGAAAUUUGGGGCUACUUUGCAACCCCAACGGAAAAGUUAAAAUAUGAAUAGUGGGCCGUUAUUUCAUCUAUUUUUGUAAUCAUCGGCACGAGACGGUGCCCUACAGUCAAGCUUAGAGAUAUGUAAAUUAAUUUCUUCAAAUUUGUAUAUGUUCUUGUGUAUGCAUUAUGUUUUCGAUCUUUACACAAUCCUACUAAUUUAUCAACCAGUUAUUAAUGGUUAAUUAUAUACCAAGCAUUACAUUUGA